UCCCUGUUCGUCUGCUGGACUGUAAUGGCGGCGUGCCGGGGAUCACCGUCUAAAUGGUUUUUCACACGGGAGCAGCUAGAAACCACCCCGUCCCGCCGCAGCGGAAUGGAGCCAGACAGAGAACUGUCGUACCGACAGCAAGCCGCAAAUCUCAUUCAGGAAAUGGGCCAGAGACUAAAUGUUUCUCAACUCACAAUAAAUACUGCCAUUGUUUACAUGCACAGAUUUUAUAUGUACCACUCAUUCACCAAAUUCCACAGAAAUACCAUCUCCCCAACAACAUUAUUUUUGGCUGCAAAAGUUGAAGAGCAACCACGGAAACUUGAACAUGUAAUUAAAGUAACGCAUGCAUGUUUAAACCCCCAGGAGUCUCCACUGGAUACAAAAAGUAAUGCAUACCUCCAGCAAGCCCAAGAGCUGGUGAUACUUGAAACCAUAGUGCUGCAGACUUUAGGCUUUGAAAUAACUAUUGAACAUCCACACACAGAUGUGGUGAAAUGUUCCCAGCUAGUGCGAGCAAGCAAGGAUCUGGCACAGACUUCCUAUUUCAUGGCUACCAACAGUCUGCACCUCACCACCUUCUGCCUACAGUACAAGCCCACAGUCAUUGCCUGUGUCUGCAUUCACCUGGCCUGCAAGUGGUCUAACUGGGAAAUCCCUGUUUCCACCGAUGGAAAGCAUUGGUGGGAAUAUGUGGACAGCUCAGUUACACUUGAGCUUCUUGAUGAACUGACCCACGAGUUUCUGCAGAUUCUGGAAAAGACACCCAGCAGGUUAAAGAGGAUUCGGAAUUGGAGGGCUACACAAGCUGCUAAGAAGCCCAAAACAGAUGGUCAGGCCUCAAACAGUAGCUCUUUACCAGGGCCCUCAUUAACCCAGGACCUAUCCUUGAUGGAUGCCCUUCCUGGGGACUCUACAAAUACAGCCUUCUCCAAAGCCUCCACUUCUUUUCCAGUGACCCUGACAGGCAAUCCAAGCAGCAGUUUUUCCCUGGAUUCCAUUGGCAACAUGCAGGAAUCUUUAUACACUUACACUGCCCCCAGCGAUUGGCCUCAGGACCAAGCUAGUUCAGAUUCAUAUUCUGUCAAACAACUUCUUCCAAACCCUUCUAUGCACGCACACCGGCCUGACAAAGGUGCAGAGUUCAACCCUACAAAACACACAAACAAGGCCAGUGGUGGAGCAAAGCACCAGGUCAUGACCUGUCCUCCACCUGCAGCACCCGCACAGAAAAUGUCUUUGGAUAAGUACAGGGAGAAACACGCUGCUGAGCUGGCAGUGCAAAAACGCAGACAAGAGCAGCAGAAUGUGGAGACUGAGGUCAGGGAUGUCUAUGGUGCUCCAGCACAGACAGAUCACCGCAAGCAUCUGCCCCAACUUUCUCAUGGGCAGCAGGGGUUGAGCAGCUGUGCUGGAGCUUCCACAGCCUCACCCCUGAAGAUGAAAUUGCCUGUCCCUGGGCAGGACAAGCAAGUGGACAAACGAGAGAAGGGUAGCUCUCUAAAACUCCGUCUUCCAGUCCCUUCUCAGAGCGAGAAGGGGGGGUCAAGUAAGGAGGAGCUAAAAAUGAAAAUUAAGGUGUCCUCGGAGCGACAUAGCUCCUCAGAUGAGGGUGCUGCAAAGGGCAAGCAUUCCAGCCCACUUGUGAGCAAGGAAAAACACAGAGACCACUCAGCCCAUCGUCACCACCACAAACAUGGACACUCCCAUUCCCAUACACAUAGCGGCAAUGGCAGGAGUGGACUUGAGGCACCUGCAGCUGGUUUGGCCCUUCGGAGCCCGGUAGGCCCUGGUGGCGAGGGGGCAACCUCAGUGUCCAGCUCUGGAUCCUCACGGAAGAGGGUGAAUGAAGCCAGCCACAAUCACCACUCCAAAAAGAGCAAAAGCUCCAAAGGCAGUGCAGGUGGGCUACGGAUAUCUCAGCACCCUAGUGAAACUGGACAGGAAACCAGUGGAGAGCCACGGCCCUGAGGCUGCCGGCCAGGCUAAUGGCCAACACACAGACUACAAAGAUACUUUGGACAUGCUUGAUUCGCUGUUUAGUGCCCAAGGAAUUAACUCUUAAAUCUAUAGGAAAAGAGGAUGAAAUGUAAAAGAAAAAUCAAGCUUUGGUCUCCUUAUUAAGAAAAAAAAACAAGAAUGUGAAUGAAAAGAGUAAAGAGAAAGAAAAUAAAAAGCCUUCCAGAUCUUCUGGCAGUUCAGUUUAGUCUGGCCAUCUCUCGGUGUAACUGCUGCUUUGUCCUCAGUAUUCCCUUACAAGCAAUUGGUGUGUAUGAGUGAGCAGGUAUAUGAUUGUCAGAGCAGUUACAGUAUAUAAAACCUUUAUUCUUUAAAUGACACAGUAGAAUGAGUGAUGAAAGGCACAGUUUUUCACAUAGUUAUGAUUUAUAAAACACAAGUCUGAAAGCACCUUCUAAAACGACUGACACUCUCAUUUGUUCAGAAUAACGUAAAGGGAAUGCAGAAUCAAGCAACUUAAGUUCCAUAGUUCCUUUUAAUGUUCCCUUUUCUUUCCUCCCCUUUUAAUGUCUUCUAUUGGGGCAGCAUGUCUAUCUUGAUAGGGUUGUUUACAGAGUGUGGAACAAAUUUACAUACAUUCUUGUAUGUUAAAAGCUGUACUAUAACUUCUCAGGUUUGGAGCUGCUUGUAAAAUAAUUAUAUAUAUAUAUAUAUAUACUGUAGACCUGUGUGUGUGUGUGUGUAUGUGUAUAUAUAUAUAUU